UUCCAAGAUAUGGAUGUCCAAGAUAUGGAUGCGUAGUCGAUCUCUCUUUGCUUCUACCAUGGUAAGCUGUUCAGGUAGGUAUGUAAUCAUCAUUAAUGUAAGUGGGUAAUGUGCCAACCAUCAGCCAACCAUGGCCCCAGGAUGGAUUCUAUACCUCUUCUAGAAGAUUUGCAAUACGUAUCGUCACUCCGCUGCGCACGUUCGGGAUUCGAAGCUAUGAAUAUUUUAUAAAGGCGGAUUUUACCCCUUAAGUCCUGACCGCUGGCCGGCCCGGCAAGAUAUUAAAUAUUAAACGAAUCAUUUCAGGUAGACACUAGUUAAUGACGCUUACUCGUUACCAAUUACUACCAAUUACACUCGGAGUAUAAUUCAGGAUCUACAUAAUCGCAUGAUUCCCCUUUUUGAUUCAUAAGGGACUUGAAGGGAUAUAUAUCUUACCGCUCACAGGAAUUCGGAAUUUACAAUACUCGACCCCUAUCGACUCAUCUGACCUUACCGACUCCGCUCUCACUCGUUCGUGUAUAUAAUUAACUCAUUCUCAUAGUAUCCUACCUAGAUAAAAAGCGCAAUAAAGGGCACCAUCGCAAUGGCUGAGAACCAACCCACCAAGUAUCGCGGCAACUGUCAUUGUACCGCAUACGUGUUCGAAGUUGACCUUCCAGAGGAUAUCGAAAAUGGCCUGCAGUGUAGUUGCAGUUACUGUUGCAAGAGGGGUGCCGUCUUCCUGGCCCCGAAGAACAACAACGACAUCAAGUUCGUGAAGGGCGAUCCGGCCGCGCUGUCCAACUACAGCUUCGGAGGCGUCAAGCAUCAGUUUUGCUCAACCUGCUGUACUUUUCUGUUCCGCGUGGACGCGAAGAAAUACGUAAAUUUGCGGGCACUCCAAAAAAUCAAAGUAUGGGAUAUAGGCACGCAGCCGCUCGACGACGACAAGGCAACGCCCCCGGCGUGGAGCCCUCCUACAUUCGACGGCCCGGAGCCCCCAGCCCAAAUCGAGGGCGCAACGAUAUACACGGGGGGUUGUCACUGCGGAGCCGUCACUCUGGCUCUGAAGUCAAAGCCGAUCGAUAGCACAUACGAGGGACUUAUUAUGGAAUGCGACUGCAGCAUAUGCACUCGAAACGCAUACUGCUGGAUCUACCCCAACAAACCACAGGUCACCAUCGUAGGAGCUACAGAAAUGGGAUACUACUCGUUCGGCGGCGGCGUGUGGCGUAAGUCGUUCUGCCGGACUUGCGGGGUGCCGGUGCAUAAUAGAAUCGAGGACUACACGCCGGCGCAGAUUGAGGAGUUGCCUGUCGAGCAGCAGCAAUGGGCUCGGGAUCAUCUCGACUGGUCGCCGGUUAACUUGCGGGUUAUGGACGGUAUUAAUCUGGGCGAGCUGAACAUUAAGCGUAUUGAUGGGUCGACAAGGUCUGGACCGCCGAAGCCGGGUAGUUACGUGGACCCUUGAGCGCAGUUGGUGUAUGUUUCGAUAGGCGUUGGAUAUUGUGGUGUGGGAGGUGUAUGGCUGCGGUAGGCCUGAGAAAAAGUAGUGAAGUUUUACGAGAGAGGAUCUUUGGCCACAGUCUACAGACUUAGAUGGGGUGUCGAGAUUUAAUAGUCGGCCAUAGACUUGAUUUAGUGUUGUCUAACACAGUGAGUUGUCCAUAAUAAGUUUCGGU